AGAAAAAUACCUAAAAUGUAUGAAAUUAAUAGUUUUAAAUAUCAGUGUUUUAAAUACAAUAAUAUUAAUAUCUUUAAAACAUAAGAACACACAUGGAAUGUAUAACACAAACAAUUGAAUAAAAAGGCAUGUUCAACUACAAAUAUUGCAUACAAUGAGAAAUAUCGAUGCAUUAUGAACGGACCAUUAGUUCAUUCGUCGAAGGUUUUUCAAUAAAUAGUAGACCAUAGUUAGACAUAUAUUGUCGUUCGAUUCUCUCAAAUGUGUCAAAUUAUAACACCUUCAAGGGAUGAUCCUUUAUCGCUUUAUCGAGGCAAUUUAUCAUCGGUUGGACUGAUUCUGCAAGAAAUGAAAAUGUGUAACGAGUAAAUAGUGAGAUAUGUUCAUGAGGGAAAUCCUUGAAGAGAAAUAUCGAAUAACCUACGUCUCUUGACAUCUACUUGGUGUAGAUCACAGCAUCGUAAACGUUUUGAGAAUUAUUCUUAUCCGUCUGAGGAAGGAACCCCUCAGUAUUGCAUCGCGUAUCGUAGUAUCCGCGAUGGUGCGACAAGAAAUAACUUUGACGAAACCAGCACGAAAAAAACGGAACAUUGACGUUUCAAUGUCCGAAUGAUUUUCAAAAAUUCCAUAGAACGAUAGUCUUUAGCGAGUUCACAAAUCUAUUUGCUUACCAUAGAUAUAUCGAUGUUCUUAAAGAAUCAUUCUUAAAGUAUUAUAGUUAUUCAUGAAAUGGGUAGUGCUUGGUGGCAGUGCACUGCAUGUUUGAGAGCACAAGAAGAAGAUAUCUGUGAGUUACAGUUGAAUCACUGUAAUCUUUACGAUGUACCACCUGAUGUGUUCAUUUAUGAAAGGACAUUGGAAAAGCUGUAUCUGGAUGCCAACAGAAUAAAGGAUCUUCCAAGGCCACUGUUUCAGUGCCAUGAAUUGCGAGUACUUUCUCUUAGCGAUAAUGAAGUCACCACGUUACCACCCGCCAUAGCAUCGUUAAUUAAUUUAGAAUAUUUAGACCUCAGUAAAAAUAGUAUUAAAGAAUUGCCAGAUAGUAUAAAAGAAUGUAAAAACCUUCGUUCUAUAGAUAUCAGUGUUAAUCCUUUUGAACGUUUCCCAGAUGCUAUUACUCAUAUUGUUGGAUUACGAGAAUUAUAUAUAAAUGAUGCAUACAUAGAAUAUCUACCAGCAAAUUUCGGAAGACUCUCAGCUUUGAGAACGUUAGAACUUAGAGAGAAUAACAUGAUGACAUUGCCAAAGAGUAUGAGCCGUUUAAUAAAUUUACAAAGACUUGAUAUUGGUAAUAAUGAUUUCACUGAAUUGCCUGAAGUUGUGGGGGAUCUCAUCAACCUCACUGAAUUAUGGAUAGAUGGUAAUGAUAUUAGACGUAUACCCGUUAAUAUUAACCAGCUUUAUCGUUUGAACCAUUUUGAUUGUACAAUGAAUGCAAUUCAUGUUAUUCCAUCAGAAGUAGAAGGGUGGAGAGAUAUUUCGAUUAUGCAUCUUUCGUCGAACGAAAUUUAUCAGUUACCAGAUUCUCUUUGCUAUCUACGUACAAUUGUAACUCUUAAAGUUGAUGACAAUCAAUUGAACGCACUGCCAAAUGACAUUGGACAGAUGUCAAGCUUAGAGGAGCUUAUAGUUACUAAGAAUUUCCUUGAAUAUUUACCAUCAUCAAUAGGACUUUUGAGAAAACUACAUUGCUUGAAUGCAGACAAUAACUAUUUGAGAUGCCUUCCACCAGAAAUUGGAAGUUGUACUGCAUUAUCGUUGCUUUCAUUAAGAUCGAAUAAUUUAACUCGAGUUCCACCUGAAUUAGGUCAUUUAUCUUCAUUAAGAGUACUCAAUCUCGUAAACAAUUGCAUUAAAUUUUUACCCGUUUCAAUGUUAAAUCUGAGCAAUUUAAAAGCAUUAUGGCUGAGCGACAAUCAAAGUCAACCAUUAGUGCCACUACAACAGGAAUUCAAUUGUGAAGAAGAUAUGAUGGUGUUGAGUUGUUUCAUGCUCCCGCAAAAACCACGGCAAGAACUUGAACAAAUAACACCGGCUGUAGGACUAAUUUCGAGUUCAAUCGUUGGUACUGGAAAAAGAAUAUGUUUUGCUGCUGAAGUAGAAUCUGAGAUCCCUAGGCAACUUCAUCGAGCACCGACUCCCUAUCCUAAAGAGCUGCGCAACCUUGCUAGGCAUGCCCGCAAUUUACAUCACCAGUCUGCACAUGAUCAAAGAAUGCAUUUAGAACAGGAGACUAUGAUCAAAGAAGCUAUUAUUGCUACAACUACUCUGGACCUUACCUCAAAAACUGGGACCUGUUUUUCACAAAGUUUAUUUAAUAAGGGUUCACAUAUUUCACUUUCACCUACCGAACGUCAUCUAUCAAAAGGGUACAAGACUAAUAGUCCUACAGAUGUUGGAACAGAACAGUCUGUUUCAGAAGAGUCAUCUGAUGAGGCAAAUAAGACAGUACUUGCAAAGGAAAAGAGCCCGGAUAUUCGAGAAGCAAAAUAUAUUCGUAAUCCUACGUCCGAGUAUCUUUCCAAGCCACCGACAGUAGCAGAUUAUGUAAAUUCUACUUGGAAACCAGAUGAAUAUUCGAAAGCAAACACAGCAAAAAUCGUAGAAUCGGAGAAAUUCAUAGAUCCUUAUAAAAACGUACCUAUUGCCAUGGGUACUAAAAAUGCUGAACAAAUGCACAUUCAAAUGCCAAAAAUCAAUGAAGUUCCACCCGUUCCUCCACCUUACCAUAUCGCUGCAGCAUUUUCAAAGAAAGCAGCACUUUUUCAACAAUUGAACCAAUCUCGGUCAGACUCGCCAACGAUCACUCCUCCACAAACAGAUAUUAACAUAUCAAAUUCGAAGACAUUCCCGGAAAUGCAAAUACAAAAUUACGAUGGGUGCACAGAGUCAUUUAAAACUGAGGAACACGCGCAUCUAUAUAGUGAUCAAGUUUCAUUAAACAAUGCAGGCACAGCAAGUGUUUCCGUAACUGAUGGGAAAACUUCUUCAAAUACUGAAGACCAUACAGAAUCUCAUGAACUAGAACAAUCUUUUGAAGGGGACCGAUUAUUGAAGCCAAGUAGAAUACCUAUUUUAAAAACAAAGCAUCUAGAAUCUACGAAUUCUAUUUCGAAUAAUGAUCUAUCCAAUAAGUGUACAAACUCUUCUGUUGAAGAUUAUGAAUCCGCAAAAGUAUUGAACGUGUCGUCUAUACCUACAUCUCCGGUAACUGGGAAAAAAUAUCGAAGUCCGCUCACUAUACAAGCAAAGCUUUCAGAUCGAUCAAAGAAAACAGUCAACGGAAAUGUCUCGAAUAAUAAUACUUUAUGCGAUAACGUGAUACCAGUGAAUGCAGCUAAUUCGAAUUUAGUUAUAAAUUCAAAUAUGGAUAAUCAAGACGUAAAUUUAAAAAUCGUACCCACUGAAACUAACUCUGGUCGAAGUACACCAGUGUCGAGUAACAAUAAGUCUCAAAAUGAGGUGAUGAAUUGUAACAUUGAUAAGUAUAAAGUUACCGGGACAAGUGAGUUAUCGAACUUGGAGAAAAAGCCAAGAUUUAAAUGGAUGUUUGGGCCGCAUAAAAAUGCUAACGUGUUACCUGUUCAGGUGAAAAAGAAUCCAGGUCUCGGUUUCAGUAUAGCUGGCGGGGUGGCGGGCGCUGAAACUGGAAUCAUUGUAACUAAAGUCAAUCCAGAUGGUCCAGCUCAAGGUACACUUCGGCCAGGGGACAAAAUCUUGGAAGUGGAUGGUAUAGAUUUUACUAAAUCCGAUCACAAUAAUGCUGUGGCUGUUCUUCGAGCUACCGGUGCAGUGGUAUCCAUGAUGAUUAGUCGUCAUCAAUAAUAUUAAGUCGAUGGAAAUUGCUUGUUUUCCAAUUUUUGCCAAUUAAUUUACGCACAGACUGAGUACAUUUCGUGUAAGUUUUUUUUUAUGUAUAUAGAUUGUCGAUCAACAUUGACGAACAAACAUCCAACAAACGUACAAGAACAUAGCUUGACUUUGCUUUGAACGCUUUUGACGGUAGUGAAUCGUACUCUUUGCGACUGAUUUGUACGACUGAAACAGCGUUACCAAAGGUGGAAGUGGGAGCACUUAUUCGAGGAAAACGUUUCUGGCUUCCAAUGAUCUUACGACUGUAUAGCAAUGUUUUGAAGGAACAAAACAGAAAGGAAACAAUAACAAGAAGCAAGAAUUGAUCCGUAGGUUAUAUCAUAGAUUAAGAAUCCGUUUUCUUGCACAAUUAUUGAUGAACAAAAGAAGAUUGAAAUGUGAUGUACAAGGAAAUUAUUUUUAAGACAAGUUUCAUCAUGGGCCAAUCCACAGCUCACUCAUAAUUAUUACAUUUGCCCACAUAAUUGAUAUAAGGUAGCAACUAUUUAGUGAACAAUUUAGAGUAAGUUUCUUCCUGACUUUUAAACUCCAUAAAAGUGUUGUUUUAUGGUGUUGGUUGUAUUUAUGUCAACUCACUUGUUCUCUUUGCAGAGAGCUGACAAUGUGCCAGAAACAAAAUACUAUUUAUUAAUCGUAUACAUUAAAAAUGAUUAUAUACCGGGUGUUUAGAUACGGUUGGAUAUCCUUGCAGGGAGUGGUAGCUGGGAUAAUUAUGAACAACUUUUUCCUUUAUCAAAAUGCUCGUUAAGGCUUAGUUUUUGAAUUAUUAAUGAAAAAUAUCCGAGCAAGUAGUAUACACUGUGCGCAGAAGCAGCCACGGGAGUGUCGGCUACGAAUCGACGCGACGUGCCGAGUAGUUUGUUCGCCUGUUUUAAUUAGUCAGUGUUGUUCAUUAAUAAUUCAAAAACUAAAACUUAACAAACAUUUUGGUAAAAAGGAAAAACAUCAUCCCUACUUCCGUCCCCUGCAAUGAUACUCACCUGUAGCCGAACACCCCUUGUAUAAAAGCAAAUAUAUAUAUAUAUAUAUAACGUAUAUACAAAAGUUAUCUCUGUCACUUGGACAGGAUUCUUAUAGAUAUUUACUUUGUUUUUAUAGUUUUUUUUUCUACAGUCAUAUUUAAGAAUUAGUAUCCUUUUGUUUCAAAACAUAUCUGUGAGAAUCUUGUUACAACAAGGAAAAAGGGAUAUUCUUCUAUGUGCCGUAACUUUAUUCGUUAUGUUUAUAGCUGUCUUGUUGAAAAUUUCCUUGAAUAUUUAAAUUUAAACAUGUUUUUAUUCAACAAAUUACUUAUAGAACUCACAUUCUUAUUUUAAACAAUUUUAUGUUUUUGCUUGCCAUUGAUUCGUGAUAUGUUUAUUUUAUUAAACACAAAUGUUUUAAUAAUUUUUUUGUUUUUAACAUAAAGUCAGCUUUUAAGU